AUGGAUCGAAACAUAAAAACUAUUUCUGGAAGUUAUACGAAAUUCAUUAAUUGGUUGGAAUCAUUAGUAGUUGAAAAUGAACCCUUACCUAAAGGACUUUUGUUUUUAGCCUUCGACAAUAAGCAACGUGGUCAAUUUAAUUAUCUCGAUCGUGGGCAUAAUACAGUUAUCUAUCAUACAGUUACAAGUUUUAUUGCACUGAAUAUGAAUAAAAAUGAUUAUGCUCAAUUUAAAAUUGUGUCAUGGAUUUGUGAUUUGAUAUCUGAUGACCAGUAUGAAAAACUAUAUUAUAUUUUACCCGAAAUGCAAGCAGAGCACGACCUAAAAUUAAAAAUAUACAUAUCAUCAAUUUUAGAAGAGCUUGUUAUCGAAAAAAAUAAGAAAAUCAAUACUAUCGAUACGGCUAUAAAAAAUCAAAAAGGUGUCGAAGGUCAAUCGAAGUGGUGCAAAAAAUGCAAUACAACUAACAUAGAUAAUAAAAAAUAUAACUGUCCUCAAUGUAAUAAAAAAUUAGACACGUUGGCUGCUUUACAAGCAGAGUUUGCUAAUGAAAAUGUUCAACUUUUAGCGAUCAUUGAUUCAUUACUUAAUCUUUCCGAUCGUCCGAAGUAUCGUGGUUUGCAACAAAAAUCUCAUAGCCAAUU